AUGACAGUUGUGAAAAAUGAAGUCAAUGAAUUGAUCCCUACAAGAACAGUCACUGGAUGGAGAAUGUGCAUUGAUUAUAGAAGGUUGAAUGAUGCAACAAGGAAUGACCACUUCCCACUCCCUUUUAUUUAUCAAAUGCUCGAGAAAGUAGCUGGACAAGGAUGUUACUGCUUCUUAGGUGGGGUACUCUGGCUACAAUCAAAUACCCAUUCCCCAGAAGAUAUUAAGAAAGAUGUCAAGUUUGCUUUCAAUGCGGAGUGCUUAAGAGCAUUCAAAUUGAUAAAGGAAAAGCUUGUGAGUGCUCAUAUUUGUCGCGCCCCUUUUUCUCGCGAAAUCGGGUUUGACAUGUAA